AUGACUACUCGUGAAAUACUGACUCUUCAACUUGGUCAUUAUUCAAAUUACGUAGGUGCACAUUUUUGGAAUAUACAGGAACUUGGUUUUGAUUAUACGGGUACCAAGAAAAGUGAAUGUAACAGUGAUAUUUUAUAUCGAGAGGGGCAAAAUACCAAAGGGCAGAUUACUUAUACACCUAGAUUGCUAUUAGCUGACUUAAAAGCUGCCUUAAAGACUCUUCCUGCGAGUGGCGGUUUACCUGAUGAAAAUAUACAAGAAGAUUUUCACUGGAAUGCAAUUGAAAAAAUUCAAGAACCUAAAGCAGAAAAAAACGAAUUCCUAAGAGAUAUUGACACAAAGGCUGCAAGUGAUGUAAUUUCAAAAAAAUAUACUCUAGAAAAUGAUAUCAGUACAUGGACAGAUUACUUAUACACUAGACUACAUUCCAGAUCCAUUAAUAUUAUAAAGGAUUAUCAGCAUGGAAAUGAAAAUGUAAGUUUUGAUCUUUAUCACACUGGAAAAUCAAUAUGGGAACAGGAAUUUGGUGAAACAUUCUCAGAUAAGAUCCGUAAAUAUGUUGAAGAAUGUGAUAGCAUGCAAGGCUUUCAAGUGAAUUUUGAUUGCACAGAUGGUUUUUCAGGACUUGCUCUAAGCAGCAUUGAACAUCUGGUUGAUGAAUAUUCUAAACCAAUACUGGCUCAUCCAAUAAUUGCUUCUUACUUUUCUGAUAAUAAUCCCACAACACAAGAGGAAAGGGACAUAUCUAAUAUAAAGGAUACAAUAAGAUUAGUAAACAUUGCUUUUUCUAUUGAAGAGCUAUCCCAGCAUGCCACAUUUUUUGUUCCCCUUUGUACUGGAGAUAAAGGAUGGAGAAAACCUGGUAAUGUAAGAGCAUUUGAGUACCUCAACUAUAAUUCAGAAUUGUAUUAUCACUCAUCUGCUAUUUUAGCAUCUGCCAUAGACACACUUAGUCAGAAAUAUAGACAUAAAAGUAAUUUUUAUACAUUAUCAGAUGUAUGUACCGAUAUGACAGGUUUUGGCAGAAAGAUGGCUGCAGCUUCACUUGGACUUCCGUUCGCCAUGAAUGAAUCACAAUAUUUAAUAGAUUAUUUAAAUACUAACACAAAACCUAUUUACACACCCAUAACACCCAGUUGUAAAAUUGCUACAGAUAAAAUUUUUCAGCUUAUCACUGUUAGAGGAAUACCAGAAAAUUAUUUGAAAGCACCAAUGAAAGAAGCAAGAGAGCAAAUGAAUUUGCCAGCUUAUAAGUGCAAUAAUGUUAAAGAAAUGUUUGAAUUAUAUUUUCAAGCAAAUAAUUUUCUAUCCGCUACAAAUGUAACAGUAUGUGAACAGCCCUUAGAAUUAAAAACACCAUAUCCACAAAUAUUUUCAAAGAGCUUAAAUAAAUAUGGUUUUAUUUCUGAGGAAAGUAAUCUAAUGAAAGUUGAGAGUUGUCCUGUUAUAGCAGGGUACCAUAAUGGAACCUUUUUAUCUGACAUGAUUGAAAAACUACACAGGGAAGUGAGCAGAAUAAAAUUUGCUAAAUUACACAAGUUUCUGGAGGAAGGUUGUGAAGAAGCCGAAUUUAAGGAGCGUUUAGAUAAGCUUUCUGAAUUCAAAGAUAAUUAUGAAGAUGACUUUGAAUUAUGA